AUGGCUCGCUUGCCAGCGGCAGCCAUAUUCACGGGGCUGCGCACAUCCUUCCGGGUGGCGACGCAGACCGUGAGAAAGGCUGCAAGAAGAACUGCUGAAAUUGCGGCGCAGAACCCGACAGUCACAAAGACGGGUAAAGCGCUGGUGGUUGCAGGCAGCUCUUUAGCUGCAGGAGCGGGUGGACAGGCGAUUAUCGAGGCUGUCCAAGACAAGGACAAGGACAGUCUCCUCCAAGAACAGGCCGGCGUCAUUGUUAAUCAAACGUACCUCGUCGGUAAGAUUGAGGCACAAAGGGACGAGGCGAUGGAAAGAUUCGUGGAGGCAGCGGACGAGAUCGACCAACUCCAAAAGGAGCUG